AUCGAUCAAAGUUUGCAUUAAAAAAAAUUAAAUUAAAAAGUCGCAUUUGUCAGCCUAUUCCACGUAGCGAACUCGGCUGCUAUCCGCCGCGUAGCGAUAUGACCUAGUUUCACAGAGGUCAGAAACGUGCGUUGAAAACUACACAUUGUGCAAGUACAAGCUUGAAGACAACACUGCUGCCGUGUUUCUUACGUGGAUAAAAAAAAUAUUAGGCAUUUUUUGUUGCACAUAGUUUAAGUCGUUUCACAUUGUUGCUGCGGAGUUUUCGCUGUUUGCACAGAGGGAUAUCGUGAAAAUGAGGAUCGCCAUCAUAGGUCAGAGUGUGUUCGGGGCCGAGGUUUUCAAGCUGCUGAGGAAAAAUGGUCAUGAAAUUGUUGGUGUGUUCACCAUACCUGACGUCAACGGGAAACCCGAUCCGUUAGCAACUGUGGCUGAACUUGCUGGUGUCAGGGUGUUUAAGUACAAAAGGUGGCAGCUUAACAAAAAGGCCAUCCCAGAGGUGUUAGAUGAGUACAAGUCUUUAAACGCUGAGCUCAACGUGCUGCCAUUCUGCUCCCAGUUCAUCCCCAAUGAAGUGAUUCUCUUCCCUAAACAUGAAACAAUUAUUUAUCACCCAUCCCUUCUCCCGGUACACAGGGGUGCAUCUGCCAUUAAUUGGACACUAAUGUGUGGUGAUAAAAAGGGAGGGUUUACAGUGUUUUGGGCAGAUGAUGGCCUGGAUACUGGCCCAAUCUUGCUGCAGAAGUCAACAUACGUGGAUCCCAAUGAAACAGUUGACUCCUUCUAUAACCGAUUCUGUUUUCCUGAGGGCAUCAAAGCCAUGGGUGAGGCCGUAGACCUUAUUGUGACUGGACGAGCCCCAAGAAUUGUCCAGCCAGUUGAAGGAGCCACCUAUGAUGCCAUGAUCAAAAAGGACAAAGUUAAAAUAAACUUUGACCAACCAGCAUCUAGCAUUCAUAAUUUCAUUCGAGGAAAUGACAAGGUUCCUGGUGCAUGGACUACAAUAAAUGGAGAACAAAUCACAUUUUUCGGCUCUCGUCUCUGGACUCGCCUUGCUCCAUAUGGCACUAAAGUUGUUAUUGAUGAUGCAAAGCAACCAGCUAUUGUCCACAAAGGUGGGAUGAUACUGUUUGGGAAUGAUGGAAAUAUGGUCAACGUGUCCCAGAUACAAUAUGCCAGUGGGAAAAUGAUUCCUGCCUCCAAAUUUGGGAAAGAGGAUGCAUCCACGCAAAAGCUGGAAUUGACUCCAGAAGAAAUUGAAAUGGGGAAUGGCUUGAAGAACAUAUGGAGAGGCAUUUUGAACACAGACAUUGAAAACUCUUUGGAUUUUUUCAAAGCUGGGGCAGGGUCCAUGGAUGUUGUUAGGCUGGUUGAAGAAAUUAAAGAGAACUUUGACAUCAAGAUGGCUGCUGAGGAUGUAUACAUGAACACAGUCUUUGAAGACCUUCUCAUGUGCAUCAUCAGAAGAGGUCGAGGUAUAGAGGAUAAAGAGCCUUUCACAUACGAUGCUGUUGAGAUCAAAGCAAAUAAGAUGAACCUGAGGUUCCCACACCAGUUGUUCAUUGAUAAUGAAUUUAUUGAUGCCUCAGAUGGAGCUACUUAUAACACCAUCAACCCUGCUGAUGAAUCAGUUAUCUGUCAAAUCAGCAAAGCUACCAAACAGGAUGUGAACAGGGCUGUUGAAGCAGCUAAGGAAGCCUUUGAAGAAGGAGAGUGGGGAAAGAUGAAUGCUAGGGACAGAGGUCAAUUGCUGAUGAAGCUUGCAGAUCUGAUGGAGCAGCACCAAGAAGAACUUGCCACUAUAGAGAGUCUGGAUUCUGGUGCUGUGUACACCCUUGCACUCAAAACACACGUUGGAAUGUCCAUACAGACAUUCAGGUAUUUCGCAGGAUGGUGUGAUAAGAUACAGGGCAAGACUAUUCCAAUUAAUAAUGCUCGACCAAGCAAGAAUUUAACAUUUACAAAGCGGGAACCUAUAGGUGUUUGCGCCAUUGUUGUACCCUGGAACUAUCCACUCAUGAUGCUGGCCUGGAAGAUAGCUGCAUGCUUGGCUGCAGGAAACACAGUUGUCUUAAAGCCUGCCAUGGUAACUCCCCUGACAGCACUAAAAUUUGCAGAGUUAUCUGUCUUGGCUGGUUUUCCAGCUGGUGUUAUCAACAUUUUGCCUGGUUCAGGAGCCCUGGUGGGUCAAGCAAUGUCUGAACACCCUGACAUCAGGAAACUUGGGUUCACUGGCUCUACACCAGUUGGCAAAACUAUCAUGGAAAGCUGUGCUAAAGCAAACUUGAAGAAAGUUUCCCUGGAGCUGGGUGGCAAGUCACCGCUGAUCAUCUUUAGUGACUGUGAUUUGGACAAAGCUGUUCGACUGGGCUGCGGAGCUGUUUUCUUCAACAAGGGAGAGAACUGCAUUGCUGCGGGGCGGCUUUUUGUGGAGGAGUCAAUCCAUGAUGAGUUUGUCAGGAGAGUGGUAGUUGAAGUAGAAAAAAUGAAAAUCGGCAACCCAUUGGAUCGAUCCACUGACCAUGGUCCACAGAAUCACAGAGCCCAUCUGGAGAAGCUGGUGGAGUAUUGUGCAACUGGCGUCAGUGAAGGGGCGAAACUGGUCAGAGGUGGACACCAGUGUAACAGACCAGGUCUGUUCUUUGAGCCCACAAUAUUUACUGAUGUGGAAGAUCACAUGAUGAUUGCUAAAGAAGAAUCUUUUGGGCCAGUCAUGAUUAUUAGCAAAUUCAUUGAUGGCGACAUUGAGGGAGUGCUGCGUAGCGCCAACAACACAGAGUUUGGUCUGGCAUCUGGUGUGUUCACGCGCGACAUAGACAAGGCCAUGAGAGUCGCAGACAGCAUUGAGGCGGGGACGGUGUUCAUCAACACCUACAACAAGACCGAUGUUGCAGCGCCGUUUGGUGGGUUCAAGCAGUCUGGCUUUGGCAAAGAUCUAGGUGAAGAUGCUCUCAAUGAAUACUUAAAAACAAAGGCUGUGACUUUAGAAUACAACUAACAGAACCUAGAGAUUUGUACUGUGUUUGAUAGAGCAAUCUUGAGAUCAAGGCUGCAGUGGAAACAAGUUUUAUUCACAAUGAUGGUUCUGGAUGAUUCAUGUUAAUAGUAAUUUCAAACAGAAAAUGUUUAGAAACUUUACUGGUAUCAUUUUCAUGUUUUUUUUUACCUACCUAACUUAUCUAAAUGUUUUAACUGUAUGUUAUAUUUUAUUAAGCAGAUUAGUAGGUAUUUUAUUUUUAGACCUGCUUUUAUGUGUAUAUGGUACAACUAGUCUACCUUAAAUCUAAUUACAUUACAAUAGUAAUCGAAUUGUAGACCAAAUAUUAACACUGAAUUAAUUUCACUUUACUGAACUGUGCAAUACCUCAGUACUGGGAUUUAUUCUAUUUUGAAUAUACAGCGAAGUAUUGAAUAUAAAAUAUGCAAUGUUGAAGCACAAUAGUUUGUCGUUAUUAAUAUUGUUUCUCUUUUUAAAAUUCUUCUUUUUAAAGCACAAUAGUUUACCUUUAUAAAUAUUGUUUCUCUUUUUAAAAUUCUUCUUUUUAAAGCACAAUAGUUUACCUUUAUAAAUAUUGUUUCUCUUUUUAAAAUUCUUCUUUUUACCCAAGAACGCUGUUCAGAAAAUGGAGAACAUUUUUGUAUUGUGAUUUUCACCAAGAUUUAAAUACAUUUAAGUUGUUUAAUGUAUAAGCUAAUUUGCCUCUAUACAACUAUAGUCGCUUAUAAAUUUGGGAAUUAAAACUGAGUCCCUUUUAACCACCAUUAAAUGGAGUAAAAAUUAGAAAACAAUUUAGGUAUUUUCAGUGUUUAUAACUAUAUUUUUUUCAUAGCUCAUGCAUGAAAGAAAUAUUAAUCAAGAACUGUUUUACAAGUUUCAGCAAUUUUUUUGUAAAUCACAUGCCUGCACAGAGAAAAAAACUUAUUUUACCUAUUUUCUAAUUCAGAAAUUAUAUUUUAUUUUGCAAAUUGUCUGUUAUUUUUCUUAUACGCUAUACAGUGCCAUAAAUCGUGUUGCUAAUUUUUUGUCUAUUUAAAGUUUUGUAUAGAACUACUGCUUGUUGCAUCUUUAUUUCUCUCCAGUGAUAAAAAAAAGUGAUUAAAAAAUAUAACGUUUUUUUAGAUUGGAACAUUCCAAGCUAUUUUUGGAGGAUUGCUUUGUUGGUUUUGAUUUAUCCGCCUUCAAUAAUUCUUUAAUCCCUUUAUUAAACAACUGUUAACAGGAUUGGCAAUCCUGUUGCUAUAUUUAAAAAAAAAUAAUGAUAUUUACUUUCUAUGCAAUUAUUCCAAAUCUUAAUUGGAAGUGUUCAAUGGCUUUAAUUUUUGUUUGAUGGUGUUUUCUGAAUGAUUUAAAAAAAAAAUUGUAAAAAAAAUAUUAUGGAUGGUGUGUUCACAUACAUGUUUGUUGCAAACAUUUUGCUUCAACCUAUUCACAGGUCGAAGCAGGUAGUUUAAGGGGAUUACUUCUUAACCUGACUCUCCAUACAUGUAUAACCUAUAACUAGCUGUCUUUAGUCAUUGAUAGCUAUACAUUUGUGUUCUUUGCAUUUUAGACAAAUAAAUUAAAACUGAAAGUAACAUUAUGUACAACUGUUUGUAUAAAAUGCAGAUUUCUACUACACAAAUUUGUUUAAAAUGAAAGUUUAUUGUACAAGUUCCUAUUAUGAAAAUUGUUAAAAUGAAAGUUUAUUGUACAAGUUCCUAUUAUGAAAUAUGUUAAAAUGCAAGUUUUUGUACUUGUUCCUGCUAUGAAACAUGUUUAAACUUAAAGUUUCUUGUAAAAGUUUCAGCUAUGAAAUGUGUUGAAGUAUAGAUUUAUCAUAUAUGUACUGUGAAAGAUAUUUACCAAAAGAAAUAAAAGUCAUGUUGUGGUUGUGAUGUAUUGAUCUAGACAGAUACAAGCUAACCUUGGUGUAGUCCUACUCACCAUAAAAAAACUGACAACCUUUCAUUUUACAAGGAUCACUUUGGUGGAUGGAUUGUAACAUUGGAAGUACAAAUUUUACAUGAAUACAAUGUGCAUUUACCAGA